GUGUUUUGUUGGAAGUUGCGGUUGUUUAUGAAGUGUUCUCUUCAAUUCACGAUAAAGACACAACAAACGAAAAACGGAAUUCGAUUGACAUUGAGCUAUUAGUGAGGUUAUGAAUAUUAGCUAAGUGACUCAUUGUUACAAUUUAAAUUAAUAGCUAGCUAGAUUGAUAUUGAAUCCUCGGGAAGAAAGAAAACAGCAACGCAACGUCAGUCAACGGGUUUGAGACGUUCUUUGUUUUUGUUGUGUCAGACAGAACUGCAGUAUUUGGUUUCUUCUUUUUGAACAUCGUUUUAUAUGUAUUUAUAAUUGUGCGUGAAUUUUGAUUACAAUAACUCUACAGGAGUGCUAGCUAGCGUAGCUACAAAUCGCCGAAAAUUGUUGUCAAGCUGCUGAGUUGUCUAAUCAGAAGCGAGACAGCAGAGCUGUUUAGAUAGUGACGAGUGUGGAAAGAUUUCAGACUAGCUAGCUAGUUGUGGUGUGAUCGUCAUUUGCACAUCACUCAGUCAGCUCAACUGCGACCUGUUGGUAGAGUUUCAUGUCAGCCACCAACCUGUAAUUCUCAGUUAGCUUUGUUGCGCAAUUCCUGUAUGCUAACGUGUCAGCAAGGAUCACUGGUCCAAAAGUAUGGUAACAGUAGUGUGUCGUAACUAAGUUUUAGAGUGUCUUGGUCUCUGAAAAGGUGUAAUUUGUCCCAUUGUCAAUAUAUUUCAGGUUGUUUUAUGUCAACUCGUAUUGUGUAUGCCUAUGAAUUAAGUAGUAUUUUAUUGUGUUAAUCGCUUAAUGUUGUAUAGAAACCGUGCAAUUGAAAAGGAGUGAUUAAGAAGAGAACGAUCAGGCAGUCUAAUAUUAAAGAAAGGUCCAGUUCUGGCACAGGCACAGAACCUCGUUGAAAAUCCUUCUCCCUACUUGCCAAUGCUGGAUCUGGAAGUUGUUCCUGAAAGAUCUUUAGGACAUGAGCAAUGGGAAUUCGCAUUAGGGAUGCCAUUGGCCCAGGCCAUUUCCAUUUUACAGAAACACUGUCGCAUCAUCAAGAAUGUCCAGGUUCUCUACAGUGAACAAACGCCACUCAGUCAUGACCUCAUACUCAACUUGACUCAGGAUGGAAUUAAACUGCUGUUUGAUUCCUGUAACCAGAGACUGAAGGUGAUUGAAGUAUACGACUUGAGCAAAGUGAAAUUGAAAUACUGUGGAGUACAUUUCAACACUCAGGCUAUAGCACCCACUAUAGAGCAGAUUGAUCAGUCCUUUGGCGCCACACACCCUGGAGUAUACAAUGCUGCAGAGCAACUGUUCCACUUGAACUUUCGGGGUCUCUCCUUCUCCUUCCAGCUUGACUCAUGGAAUGAAGCUCCCAAGUAUGAGCCUAACUUUGCCCAUGGCUUGGCCUCCCUGCAGAUUCCGCAUGGGGCCACAGUGAAACGGAUGUACAUCUAUACUGGGAACAACCUACAGGACACCAAGGCUCCAGUGAUGCCCCUUGCCUGUUUCCUUGGCAACGUGUAUGCAGAGUGUGUGGACGUGCUGAAGAAUGGUGCGGGACCACUUGGUCUGAGACUUCGCCUCCUCACUGCAGGCUGUGGGCCAGGGGUGAUGGCUGAUGCCAAGGUGCGUGCUGUGGAGAGGAACAUCUACUUUGGAGACUCCUGUCAAGAUGUGCUGAGUGCUCUGGGCUCGCCACACAAGGUCUUCUACAAGUCUGAGGACAAGAUGAAGAUCCACUCUCCGUCACCUCACAAGCAGGUCCCAUCCAAAUGCAAUGACUACUUCUUCAACUACUUCACCCUGGGGGUGGACAUACUCUUUGAUUCCACCACACACCUGGUGAAGAAGUUUGUCCUUCACACCAACUUCCCUGGUCAUUACAAUUUCAACAUAUAUCAUCGAUGCGAUUUCAAGAUUCCACUUGUCAUCAAGAAAGAAGCUGCCGAUGCUCAGUGGGAGGACUGCAUCCUCACUACCUACAGCAAGUGGGAUCAGAUUCAGGAGCUUCUUGGACACCCCAUGGAGAAGCCUGUCGUGCUCCACAGGUCAUCCUCAGCAAAUAAUACCAAUCCCUUCGGCUCUACGUUCUGUUUUGGACUACAGCGAAUGAUCUUUGAGGUGAUGCAGAACAACCACAUAGCUUCAGUGACUCUGUACGGCGCCCCCAGACCCAUCAGCCGGGCCCGAGCCGAGGCCAGCGCCCACUGAACAGCGUCCUACUGCCAACCCAGGCACAGCCUGAGGGCUGUCUCUCCCCUCCUCCAUUCCACGCCACAGCAUCCCUAGGCUGAUCAGAGCAGUGUACUCUGUCUCACUCAAUCUCUCACCCACUGCCAUGUUCACACCAGAGAGGAGCUCCUCUGGACCCAUCUGCCCCUCUGUGACGGGCACAUCAUCCAGAGCCCUGCUAGGAGCCUUACGGCAGCCUUCAUCCCACCCCCCUCCCCUCUCUGACUCACCCUGUCCCAAUGGUCUUCAUCAUCAGAACACUCGUUAGCCAUCGUUAGAUGUGUUGGCGGUGUUUCAUCAAUGCACAUUUGUAUGCCGGCGUGCACAAACACAUGCUCACCUGCAUACACAAAUGAGCACCUGCGUGCAUUCUGCAGUUUUUAAAUUGACUUAAUACAUGCUUGACAUACACACAUAUAUAAGAAACAGAUACCAAAAGCCUGACACACACAGACACCAAAAGCAUUUCAAUCCUUUCUCCACUAUAUGUUCAUGUUACCGAUUAAAACACAUGCAUAUGGAUGCAGGCUCAUCUCAUAUCUGCAGCACUAACAAUUGCAUAACAAGUACACCAUUACAUACAUACACAGACAGUUACAGAAACAAACAUGAAUGCACAUAGACAUAAACCCAUGCAUGCACACAGACACACAAUUAAGAGGGGUAAAAGAUGAAAAGCACAAACUGGCCUCACUGUGGAGUGGCCUAGUGCUCUGCAUGCUUUGAUGGGAACUUUCUUGGCACAUGAUCAAACACAGACACACGCAUACUGGUCCACAUACACCACACACAAAUUCAUACACUCAUGCCAUGAACAAGUCCACAGCAUAAGUCACCUCCUAUUGCAAGGCUGUGAAGCACUAACUGCAUUUGUAGUUUGUUUUGUGUUUUUUUGCAAGGAACGAUGGGAACAUUGGUUUUAACAUUUGCACUAAGAUACACCCUAUUUACUUGAUUAUUGUCUCCUAUCCAAUUAAGAUGAUUGUGUAUUUUAUUUAUAUUAGUGAUGACAGAGGAAAGGCUCCAGCUCCUCUAUCCCAUGACUGACUUCCUUCCUUCCCUUCCACAUGUACACUAUCCCCUCCACUGUCCACUGCUACCACUGUCCUUUACAGCCUUCCUCCCAAUGCUCAUGAUUACUCUCUUUCUCUAUUUCCCCCUCCUCUCUAUCUCCCUUUCUCUUCACAAGAGAUACCUAAAUGAAUCCCUCAGAUGUACUUCAUCAUUGCUCUUUCUUAAUUUAAAAAAAGUGUUAAAUUGCCAAAAUUGUAGCCAAAGAUGGUUCAGCAUGUUUUAAGUUAUCCAAACAUUUUAGUUUGUCAAAACUUGACCUUUUGCCCAAAGAGCAGACAUUCCCUCCUAAACAAUAUAUAUAUUUUAUUGCAGACCCCUGACCCAUAAUCUUAAGUACUUCUUGAGUAUAUAAUCUUUAUUAUUUGUGCUUUUUAAUGCAGAUAUUUUAUUAUUCCGUUUUUACUCUACUGAGACUUCUCCCUAUUUGUAGCAGGUAGAUUUGGGACUAUGUGCAGCAGCAGUCUCUUUUGGUGUUUGUACAGAUUUGUAAAUAGUGUGCUCUUUUCUUUUGUCAUUUUAAGCUAAUGGUACAGUGUGGGCCUGAAUUGUUUUAAGGUCAGAGCACACUCCAGAUGUGACACUUGUAUUACUUAGGAAUUCUGUUUGAUGUCUCUCUCCCCCUAGUGGAGAGAACAGUGGCACUCCUAAGCUCUGGGCCUGGAGGGUUCAUUCAUCUCUCUAGCUCAGCUUUAACCACUAUUAGUACUAGAGACAGAUGCUGAAGAUGGGAUAAAGCAGAGACAAAGAGGGGUUACUGUUGGAUAGGGAAGGGAGCCCUGUACAGCCUAUGAUGUUUAGAACACCAGGAUGUGUGUGUGGUCAGUAGCCCUGUUACAGUGGGUUGAUAAUGUACUGGUGCUAGAUCAGAGGUGUGACUGAAGCUCAUAAGUGUGUGUCCUCCUCCCAUCUUGUGUAUCUACAUGCCAUCAUGUCAGCCCCAGUCAGACCAGCCCUCCAGGCCUCAGCUUUACAGCGCUUAUUACAUGGGCAUUGUUCAUUUUGUUACAUUGACUUGUUUCAUGAGUUGCGAUGAAAAAAGACUGUACUGUUGUUUUAAUUUUAUCCCUUGCUUUGUGCAAGUUGUAUAAGAAAAGAAAAAGCUAAAAUGGCUUAUUAACGUUGUGCCUCAUCUCCCACCAAGCCUGUCUUGACUUCGCUCUGUAAAUUAAACUAGGCUAUUGAACUGCAUUGUGUAUGACUGAGCAUGAAAAGUUAACAUGGUCGGCUGACUGUCACCCAUAGUCAUCAUUGUCCUGUUGCUCCAGAAAACAUAACAAUAAGGAGUAGAUUAAAGACUUGGGGCACUAUUCAAUCUGUAUCGCUGAAGUGUUACAGCUUGCACGAUAUAAAUGUAAAGGUAAUUCAUUUUCAAUUAUGCUGUAACUCAACUUCCUCGAUAUGGAUUGAAUAGAGCCCUUGUCAUAGAGGUCCUGAGCUCAGUCAUGAAGGGCAUCACUAUCAUCCUCAUCACAUAUCCCCUGGUAUUCUGAUUUGGAAGAUUUGCACAGUACACAAUACAUUGUUUUGUCUUAUGUUCUCAUUGCUGGACAGAGAAACGUAUAUCACUCUGAACAUCUCACAGCAAGACAAUGGUUAUAACAUCAGUUUGAGCACCCACAGGCCAGCCCUUCAUGACCUGAGAUGGAUACACACACUGGUUGUGUUGGAAUUCAAAUACAAUGCACACUCAGCCUUCAGCGAGAAAACAAAUGCAACACAACCAAUGUUGUGGUGAUGUUUCUGGAAUGUUACUGCUGAGAGUGAGUAGCUAGUGUGCUGGGCUGUGCUUGCCCAAUCUCAGGUGGACAUAUCAGAUAUUUUUUUAAUGCCAGGAGCAAGUAAAUGCUUAAUUUUCAUCAGUUGGUUUUAGCUAUUUUAUUUCCUCCUCUUGAGUAGAUCCUAUUUUUGCAUUGGAAUGAAUGAAUGGUUGUCCUUAAGAUUGUAAUUAGAAAUGGACAACUUCAGUUCAGUGUAAUACUCAUACUAAUUAUAUGUAUUGUCUCCCUUUAUAUUGUGUGUUAUCCUCCUCCCCCAAAGUAAUACUUUUUGGUGGAUUCAGUACAUUUAACCCAUUUCUGGAAAUGGGAAUUAUCCUUAAUUAAACUUGUGAAUCAAAUUCA